UUUCACUGGACCACUCACCAGCGUCGGUCGCCUGACAACUGCAGUGGGUUUCUGAAUGGUGUAACGUUUAACCAUAUAAAUAGGACAUGACGAUUGAUGAAGACUAUGAUGACUUGCUUUCUCAACAUUCACGGCUUUCAACGGAAACUGAACUGUUACGAUCGAUAUGAUUGAGCUUUUCAUCGGAGGUGUUUAGUUAUCUAUAGGACAAGGUGUAUUCUUAUCCGCUUGAGGUUUUAUUAUUCAGGGUGAAGCAAUUUCGACUGAUUUGAACGCAUCUCAAGUGAAGUCUAUGUUUAAGUGACUUUUCAUCAUCAACUUCAACAGCGACGUCGGAGAUUGCUCUGAACUUCGUAUUAUAUUUAUCGUCUGCAACUUGUCGUCUGAGUUAUGGGUUUGUCACUGGGAGAGGUUUUGUAUACGUGUGGUCAAGUUAUCUACUUAUACUGGGAAUCUUUCUGUAAGCUGUUGUUUCCCCCUGGACGCCGUGACGUCACAGGUUGGCGCGUGCUCAUCACGGGUGGUGGUCAUGGAAUUGGCCGUGAGAUGGCGUUGGAGUUUGGACGUCUUGGAGCUGACGUCAUUCUCUGGGACAUUAAUGAGGAAAAUAUGGAGAACACUGCUGAUGAUGUUCGAGCCGUUGGCGCCAAAGUGUCUACCUAUAUAUGUGACGUCAGCAGCGAAGACGCCAUCAAGAGUGUGGCGGAAGUCGUGCGAGUGGAAGUCGGAGGCGUUGACGUGUUGGUGAACAACGCCGGGGUGUUGAAUGGAGGCACCCUCCUAGAGAUGACAUCAGCAGACAUUAGGAAGACGUUUGAGGUCAACACUUUAGCUCAGUUCUGGACAGUUCGGGAGUUUCUGCCCGGGAUGAUAGAUCGCAGCCACGGCGUUAUCCUCAACAUAGCCUCUGCUUCGGCAAAGUCGGGCACGGCCUACCUCGUCGACUACAGUUCCUCCAAGGCGGCAGUUCUGGUGUUCUCCGAGGCCCUGGCGGAGGAGAUGGCGUUGCUAGGUUACAGUGGGAUACAGGUGACAGUCGUCUGUCCCGCCUUCGUUAGUACAGGAUUGUGCCAAAACCCAAAAGACAGAAUCAACCGUCUGCUGACUCCAAGGGAGACGGCCCUCGCCGCCAUAGACGGCAUGUUGAGAGGAGAGUUUGUAGUGCAUGUACCGAAAUCUCUAUGGCUUGGACUGAAGUUUUCUGAAAUGCUACCAGAAAGAGCCCACAUGAGGAUCAAAUCUUCCCUGAAUCUGGGAAUCGAUCCCCAGUACUCAUCUUCUGUCGCCACCAAGGUCAAGGGCAAAGAAAGAUGUCAAUGCAUUAAUGAUCUCGAUAACGUUCCUGCCGAAGAUAAUAUUCAUGGCCUUCAAUAGAUGGGUUCCCAGAAACUUGCCCCUCAUGUGAGCAUAAUCUUCUGGUGUCCUUCAGAACACUUAUCAAGGAGGUCAUGGGAUCGCCAUGUUCAACAGUAUUGUCAUAGGCAGUCAAUGGUACUGACAGUAUUUGAACAGUAUUUCAGUAACAUGGCAAAUGUGUGAGGCGAACCACGAAUAGUGCAAAUGGUUGAUGCAAAAACUUAAUGCUGGACACGUCAUGGGGUUCCACAUCAUCAGGGCGUGAGUUGGACUUACCACUGUUUUGAACACAGUUUCAGUCAUAUCUGCUCCGAUAGGUUAAAUGUGCAUUGUGUAUGAAGGACAGAGCGUGGUAUUGUCAUGUUCACCAUCUUGGGUGAGUUGGAUGGUCAUCUAUAUGGGGAUGAAAGACAUAUGCAUAGCAAGAGGUCAUGAAGGGCAUUUCAUCCUGUGGACACAUUCAGAUGUCGUCAUUAACAGCAAAAUUGGGAAGACUGGGUUUGAUCAUGUCUGUAGCUGUAGAAAUGCAAUAAUAGUCAAAAGUCUUUUAGGAUCAUUGCUUCAUGAAAGCUCAAAAUAGUUUUUAAAACGUACAUUAAAAACUCGUAUCACGUGUA